AUGGCCUUCGAGGAAUUUGGAGACCAGCAGUACGCCAUGGCCCGCUACAGCGAGAUGCCGACACACCUGGACGAGGAGGGCAUAGGCCGGCAAGUACAAAAACAUGAUGAUGCAGUACUGGCAGGAAACCAUCAACUCGAUCGAGCACGACAACCACGACUUCAAGAACCACCAGCUGCCGCUGGCGCGCAUCAAGAAGGUGAUGAAGACCGACGAGGAGGUCAAGAUGAUCUCUGCGGAGGCGCCCAUCCUGUUUGCCAAGGGCUGCGACAUCUUCAUCACGGAGCUGACGAUGCGGGCGUGGAUCCACGCCGAGGAGCACAAGCGCAGAACGCUGCAGAAGUCCGACAUCGCGGCCGCGCUGCAGAAGAGCGACAUGUUCGACUUUCUGAUCGACAUCGUGCCCCGCGAGGAGGAGAAGCCGCGCAAGAAGCACUCGCAGCACCUCGCGAACCUGCAGAGCCCGAUCGACCCGGACUACCAGAUGCGCUACCAGCAGCAGUACAUGCAGCAGGUGUACUCGCCGAUGCCGAUGCAGAAGGGCGACAACUACGAGUACUAGCCUCGGGGGCCCCGGUUACGUAA